GCAUCAGGGUUUACAGAGAAAAUACUUUGAAAUAUUAGAAAAAGCCUUUUUUCCGGAAACUUUCCAAGCUCAAAAUGUCUGCUCAACAACGUGUCUGGCUCGUCACCGGUACCACCUCUGGUAUUGGUGAGAACAUCGCCUUGGAGGCCCUCUCACGCGGCGACCUAGUCGUAGCUAGCUCUCGCAACCCUUCCCGCUUGACCAAACUUACAAAGGCCGGAGCCAAGGCCGUCAAGAUAGACCAGAACCAGGACGACGCUACGAUCCGAAAAGAAGUCGAGGCUGCCCUCGCGGUUUACGGCCGAAUCGAUAUCCUGGUGAACAACGCGGCAUACGUGCACACCGGAACCAUCGAGGAGACAACCGACCAAGAAAUCAAAAGCCAAUUCCAAGCAAACGUCUUCGGCCCCACCUCCAUCAUCCGCGCCCUCCUUCCGCAUAUGCGCGCUCGACGUAGCGGCGUGAUCGCCAACGUCGGCAGCAUGGCGUCCUGGUUUCCAGUGCCAGCCUGCAACCUCUACGACGCGAGCAAAGCCGCUCUCCGGCUCAUUGGCGACGGCCUCAACUCCGAACUCGCGCGCUUCGGCAUAAAAAUUACAACCAUCGAACCGGGCAUGUUCCGUACAGAACUCCUCGACCCGAACGUGAACUUCAUCAAGACCAGCGACGACAAGCGCAUAGAGGACUACCGCGAAAUGAACGAGACCACCGAUGGUAUGUUCCGCAACGCGCAUGGGAAGCAAAUGGGGGACCCGAAGAGGGGAGCUGAGGUCAUCUAUGAGGUGCUCACGCAGACCGGCGUCGCGCAGGGGAGGGAGAUUCCGCUAGUGCUGGCGCUCGGGAGCGAUGCUGUUUCUACCAUUCAGAAGUUUGCCAGGGAUCAGGCGGAUUUGGUGAAGAGUUGGGGGGAGGUUAGCUCCAGUACGGAUUUCCCGUAAGGGGGAGCGGGGGGUACUUCCUUUGGGUGGUUGAUUCCAUUUUCUUGUUCUGAAUUGAAUCUGUUUGUAGGGGAUGCAAUUGGGCUGGAUCGGAUGCAGUUGGGAAUUAUAAAAUACUCCGAGCAUGCAUAUCCUUGCGCUCGGAGGGUUGAUCGUAUGCCGGCAGUAU